AUGUCAGAGUUGGACACAUUGGUUGUUAUGAGUACAGGAGCUGGAAAAAGUUUGUGUUACCAGCUUCCAUCCAUUGCCUUGAAAGGUCUUAUCGUAGUGAUUUCUCCUCUGAUAUCUUUGAUCGAGGACCAACUUGCUGGUCUUCGGAAGCUUGGCAUCGAAGGAGCAGCUUUGAAUCAAUCAACAUCUAAGGAGGACGUGAAGCGAAUAGAAGCCCAACUCGUCCAGAAAAAUUCUGCUCUCCGCCUUCUAUACAUUACACCUGAAAAACUGGCAAAAAGCAAAAGAUUGAUGAACAAGUUGGAGAAGUCAGCAGAAGUUGGAGCAUUGAAGGUGUUUGUUUGUGUACUGUUUUCAUUGGAUGUCUCGUCCGAGGUCGAUGCUGUGGUUUUCAAGGCAGGUUUUAAUAGGGUGAACUUACAUUACGAGGUAAUACAGAAACCGGAUGGCGAUAUCACUGCAGAGCUCGCCAGUCUUAUCAAAGCUAGGUUUUCGAAUCAAUCGGGUAUUGUGUACUGUUUCUCAAGAAAGGACUGUGAAGAAGUGGCAGCACGGCUCCGGGAAUCCGGUAUUCGCGCUGCUUUCUAUCAUGCUGACAUGGACUCGUCUCGACGUACAGCUGUUCAUGAGAAGUGGGUCAGCGGCAAGUAUAACGUGAUCAUAGCUACAGUAGCCUUCGGAAUGGGUAUCGACAAACCUGAUGUGCGUUACGUCAUACACCAUGCACUACCAAAAUCUGUCGAGAACUACUUCCAGGAAAGUGGACGUGCUGGUCGUGAUGGACUCCCUGCUGUUUGUAUUCUGUAUUUCCGUUUGUCGGAUGUAUUCCGGCAAAGCACGAUGGUCUGUACAGAAAAAACCGGUCUCAGAAAUCUAUAUUCAAUGGUCCGUUACGCAACCACGCAAAAAACCAACGACCGCGGUUCUAAUCGCAUCACUGGCGCCAAACUUGUUGAACUGACGACUAAGCGGCUAGGAUCCAAGCCUAUAGUUGAAAGAGCUCUAUGUCAUGCUCUACUAAACGGCUACCUCAAGCAGGAUUUCCACUUUACACCGUAUGCAAUCCACAGUUACAUCGUCAGCGGCCCCAAAGGAGCAAAGCAGUCUACAAUUAUCAUGAAGUGCAUGAAAAGUAAUUGCGAUAUAACCGCGAAAUCAAGCAGAAAAAGGAAGCUGAAUGAUGUAGCCGUUAAAGUCAGAAAGCAACUAUGGCAGACGAGGGUGGAACCUCAAUUUCGAAAGGACAUCGGCCAGACAAUACAACAGCUCGACGAACUCGAAUGUUGCGCAAGAUUAAGCUCUAUUUUUGUGUUAUGGUUUGUUCAGGUCGCUAUGACGGCUUUCGAAGAGUUGGGAGUGAUUCCUGAGUUGGGUGAUGCGGUAUCUGAACUCGGAUGGGAGUUACCAACCCCGAUUCAAUGUGAUGCGAUUCCGGCCAUUCUUGGCGGAGGUGAUGUCCUCAUAGUGCGUUCAUGUCAAACUUUCGUUUUUUUUCUUUCUCUGAUUUUCCUAGCUGCUCUGUGGCCGCAGAAACUGGUAGUGGUAAGACUGGAGCUUUCUCUCCAUACCAGUGGUUCCAAAAAUAUAGUAUGGGAAAGGCGUAAAGAAGGAAUGAGUCCUGGCGUAAAAUCUUGUACCCGUUGGUUGGCGACUGAACUUGGCCGACCGUGCCAUGGGAUUGUCAUUGUCUCAGGGAUGGUUUGUCGUGUGAAAGCCGUGUUCCAAAGGCUUGGUAUGGCUCGAGGUGCAUGGGAGGUGUACAUUCCAAAGGCACUGACGACGAGAGUUUUGGUUUUGGUGGUACUGGUAAGAAGAGCACCAAACAAAUUCGAAAGAUUUAUGGCAGUCAUUUUACAACUGGUGAUGGUAAUGGGUGCUAUUUGGAAGCUUGACAAUGGAAGGAUGUGCAGUGGUCAAAGAAUGGCCAAAGAAUUCGAAGUCGCUUCCGAUUGGAGACAAAGUUCUCCAGUCCGCAUUGUGCAUUGCAUCCAGCCGUGCUGGUGCAGAAUUCUUCCCCUGGAGCUUAACUUUGGCGCAACUCCUUUCGCUUUCCCUCCAAAAGAGGGUGUUAUUGCCGUUUGUGAAGCACCAUCAUCCCUUACAGAAUGGCGAGGCUUGGAAACUGAAAGCGACAAAAAUGACAAGGCUGCGGCACCGGUUUGCAUUGUGCUCGAACCUACCAAGGAACUUGAUAGAGCAAACUCACGACAAUCUCGUCAAGUUCAAGAACCGUCAGCGAUCCAAAAAUACGGUAACUCCCUUUUGCUUACAAUCGUUUUCGUUCCCCUUCUUUUGCAAACUUCCAUGGCUAUGAGCAUCUCAUUGGCUGCCGGUGCUAGCAUGGGACAACUGCUUAGCGAGCUUGAUAGAGGUGUUGAUAUUGUGACAGGAGGUGUUGGUCGUGUGUUGGAUAUGAUAGAAACUCAUAAGUUAUCCGCAAAUGGGCUGAAUUUCAUUGUUAUUGAUGAAGCUGAUCAGAUUCUUUCGUCAUUCAAACCACAACUUGAACGACUGCUGUCACGAGUUCCUACGUGCGCCAAUUUUUGGUCAGAGACCAGUGUCUGUCUUUUUCAGGAUAAGUACAUGAAUUUCCCACAGUGGAUCGACUUGAAAGGUAUGGACAGUGUUGCGGAGACGGUUCAUCAUGUGGUGUGUAUGGUUGACGCAGUUGGAGAUAAGCAAUGGAUUAGACAUAUGCACAGUCCGAAUCACCUCAAGCUUAACCAGACGCUUCAAAUGUGGGAGGCUGUAUCGUAUUCCAUUGAGGCGAAGUCAGUUGUUCGUUAA